CCGCCCCGGCCGCGGCCCCGUGGCCCGGGCUGGGGGAUGAGUGUCUAGUCCGUGGCCGCGGGCAGCCGGGGAGCGGGAGGCUGGGCUUCGGGCUCCGGAUGCACUAGGUGUGGGCUGGCGCCCACCCCACCCUACUGUGACCAUGGAUCCUGGAGCUGGAUCUGACUCCUCUCUGACUGUCAAUGAACAGGUCAUUGUGAUGUCAGGCCACGAGACCAUCAGAGUAUUGGAAGUCGGAGUGGAUGCUCAGCUCCCGGCCGAGGAGGAGAGCAAAGGACUGGAAAGUAUGGCAGCUGGUGGCUCCCAGAGUGGAGGCCCUGCUGAAGCCAGUGGACCUGCUGGUGAAGCUGGGUCAUGUGACCCAGGCCAUUCUGCAGAGGCAGCUGUGAAGUCGCUGCCCGGAAUCCCUCCGAGUCCUGCCCCAGCUGUUGCCACCUUCAGCCAAGCCCCAAGCCAGCCUCAGGCAUCACAGACCCUGACGCCGCUGGCUGUGCAAGCUGCCCCCCAGGUCUUGACUCAGGAAAGCUUAGCCACAGUUCUGACAGGAGUUAUGGUCCCAGCAGGGGCUGUUACUCAACCUCUUCUUAUCCCCAUCGGUAUUACAGGUCAAGUGGCUGGGCAGCAGGGGCUGGCCGUGUGGACAAUCCCUACAGCAACUGUGGCUGCCCUCCCAGGACUGACCGCGGCCUCUCCCACGGGGGGAACUUUCAAGCCACCUUUAGCUGGUCUCCAAGCAGCUGCCGUGCUGAACACCGCCCUCCCGACACCCGUACAAGCCGCCCCACCAGUCCAGGCCUCCUCGCCAGCCCAGCCCCGGCCACCAGCUCAGCCCCAGCCGCUGUUCCAGACCCAACCGCUGCUACAGACCACGCCUGCCAUACUCCCACAACCCACCGCUGCCACCGUUGCUGCCCCCACCCCCAAGCCAGUGGAUGCCACCCCGCAGAUCACCGUCCAGCCUGCAGGCUUCGCAUUUAGCCCAGGGAUCAUCAGUGCAGCCUCCCUCGGGGGACAGACGCAGAUCCUGGGCUCCCUCACUACAGCUCCAGUUAUUACCAACACCAUCCCCAGCAUGCCCGGGAUCAGCAGUCAGAUCCUCACGAAUGCUCAGGGCCAGGUUAUUGGAGCACUUCCGUGGGUAGUGAACUCAGCUAGCGUGGCCACACCAGCACCAGCACAGAGCCUGCAGGUCCAAGCUGUGACUCCCCAGCUCCUGUUGAAUGCCCAGGGCCAGGUGAUCGCAACCCUAGCCAGCAGUCCCCUGCCUCAACCUGUGGCUGUCAGGAAGCCAAACACACCGGAGUCCCCUGCUAAGAGUGAGGUGCAGCCGAUCCAGCCGACACAAGCCGUGCCGCAGCCUGCCGUCCUCCUCAGCAGCCCUGCCUCUACACUUAAGCCGGCAGCCUCAGCGCCCAUCCCAAUCACCUGCUCAGAGACCCCUACUGUCAGUCAGCUGGUAUCAAAGCCUCACACUCCAAGUCUGGACGAGGAUGGGAUCAACUUAGAAGAGAUCCGGGAAUUUGCCAAGAAUUUUAAGAUCCGGCGGCUCUCCCUGGGUCUGACACAGACCCAGGUGGGCCAGGCUUUGACGGCGACAGAAGGACCAGCCUACAGCCAAUCAGCCAUCUGCAGGUUUGAGAAGUUAGACAUCACACCCAAGAGUGCCCAGAAGCUGAAGCCAGUUUUGGAAAAGUGGUUGAACGAGGCAGAGCUGCGGAACCAGGAAGGCCAGCAGAAUCUGAUGGAGUUUGUGGGUGGCGAGCCCUCCAAGAAGCGCAAGCGGCGCACUUCCUUCACGCCGCAAGCCAUAGAGGCUCUCAACGCCUACUUUGAGAAAAACCCUCUGCCCACCGGCCAGGAGAUCACGGAGAUCGCUAAGGAGCUGAACUACGACCGCGAGGUGGUGCGGGUCUGGUUCUGUAACCGACGCCAGACUCUCAAGAACACCAGCAAGCUGAACGUCUUUCAGAUCCCUUAGGGCUUACUGUCAGCACUUUGUAUUCUUCCCUCAGCAACCAGCUGAAGUCACUGCAGUGGCAGUGCCGUGUCCAGCUGUGCUUGCCCUAGGUCGUGAGACUCCACCUGUGCAUGCAUGUCAAUGCCUGCCUCUUCUGCCCACAUAUGUCACACCCUGGGGUAGGCCUGAGGGGCUGCAUGAGAGCCUAGGCUCUGGGCUGGGCAUGUGGAAGGAGGGGGUUUGUGGGGUCCUUAGAAAGGCACUUUGCCAAGGUGGUUUCUGAAGGGUGGAUUGUGGUUGGGAACCAGAAAGGCUCUGUCUUUGGAUCAGGGCUGUAGCAACUCUUGGGGUCAACUGUGUAGUAGCUCUUGUUUUUGGUGGCACCCUUUACCCUUCCUCUCAAUCCUCUGUGGCUGUGCCCGUGUGACAACUCACCAGGUGGAACUGCAGCCUCGCACUGCCUCCCUUAUUCUGUAUAUGGGCACACUGAACCUCUUAAAGGAUCAAGGAGAUGGAAUCCAGAGAAGUGGGGUGUGCUGCUCAGACCCACUGUCUGCCUUGAUCUUGAGGUUUCCAAGGUGACAUCGAGGGGUCGGAUGCCUGAGGUCAGGAGCUCCGAGGUCCCUCCCGGGGUCCAGCUGGUGGUGGGAUUGUGUUAAGUCAGAAUGUUUUCUUUCCCAAACCAAGUUGGAAGGAAGCAAGAGUGAACUCUCCCAUCCUGGAGAGUCUUAGAUCUGUGGCAGGUCUGGAAUUUCUAAGGUAAAUAAGGCCAUCUACCCAGAUUUUAAUCUGAUCUUUGUUUACAGCUGUCUUCUAACACAGGAGUGUGGUAAAGAGCUUGGGAAAUUUUCCGCUGCCCACUAAUGUAGGCAGCAGCAGGGGCACAGAUUCCAACUUUCUCCCUCUCUUGUGCCCAUACCUAUCUCAGUCCAGGACUGAGAUGUCUUCAAAGGAGCCAAUUGAAUGACAAGCCAGACAGAGAGGGGCUGUCAUGGGGAGGAAGACAGUAUCCAGAGGGAUGAUGGUCCCUGGAGGUCUCUUGUUGAGGCUGACUUAACUCUAGUUUUGUUUGUAACUUUAAGUCUUGGAGGUCUCCAAAGACUUCACUUGUUCAGUUUGUUCAGUUGUAGACCAAGUCUGUGUGUGGUGCUCCCCUGAGCCAGCAGUGCCCAGGUCAGGGCUUCCCUCGGUAGGUGAUGGCCAUCUGGGGCCUGGCAUCAUAUGCAAACCACUAAGCCAGCUUCCAGCCACAGAGAGGCAGGCCAGACUUUUCGCUUCAGUGCACUGGCUGGGGAAUGUUGCUCAGCGGGAGACAACUUAGCGUGUACAAGGCUCCAGAGUCAGUUUGUAGCACUGAGGGAAACACUAGUAUUUGAUUUCAAGAAGUCAGGAAAGAGCUAAGACUUUCCUUGGAUAACCCUUGACAAGCUGCAGGUGUCAACCAUCUCGAUACUUUUGGGCUUGGUUCAUUGGGUUUUGUUUUGUUUUGAGAUAGGAUCGCACUUAGCACAGGCUAACCUCAAACUUGUAGUUGAAGACGACCUGAUCCUUCUGUCUCCACCUCCCAAGUGCUGGGAUUGCAGUCACGUGCUGCUGUGCCUGGCUCUUCUCCACUCCAUAAGGUUACUUACACUGGAUGAUGUCCACAUCACAUGAUCUACCCUGAGGAAAUGACUCUCAAACAAGAACAUGAUGCCGUCUCCAUUGGUCCCAGUGCAGAAAGGCACUAGGGCCCAGCUUCCUCUCAUGUAGUUUCCUUUCCUGAUGACUGCUAGUCCCUCUUGGGUUCUGUGGUGCAGAGGACCUCCUAGUAGCUAUGACACUGAGAGGAGGACAGUUGUGUACUGAUCACACACACACACACACACACACACCCCCCACUGCAUUCCAAGUCUGUCAGGUAUAAGGAGACAAGUAGGCAGCUUUCCUGACCCUGCCUCCCAAGAAAGAAUGUUCCCAGAGCGCUUCUAGGUCAUGUGAUUAUCAACCUGCUGCCAUGAGAGGGGAAGUCAGGAGGGGUCCUGUAAGAGAGCUUUCAGUAGGGACGCUUAGUCCCGAAUCUUCUCAAGGUGAUGCACCUGAGAAAAUUAUAUGCAGCUGUUCUUGCUGGAAACCUGCACUCAGGAGCUCACACACAGCUCAGCCAUGCUGUGGACAUGGGAGAGGAUUCCAUCUGUUCUGUGCAUGACAGGGAAAGAAAAUAUGAACCACUGGUCUAAAUUAAGCCUGGCCACGCAUUCUCACCCCAUCCUUUGUCUAAAUCUGUCUUCCCAAGGCUGGGCUAGAAUGAACCAUUUUCUCCCGUGUUGGAAAGACACAUCGGUCUUUCAGAAGAACAGUACCAGAGCCCAGAUGUUUACAGGCUGGAUUUCUCAAGUAAGGGGUGCAAGUGUAUAAAGUGGACACAAAGUGGGGUUCGCUUUGGCCUUUGAAUUUUGCCCCUGCUCUCUAACCUGAGCCACUGACCUACAGUCUUUGUUAUUUUGGGGAGCAUUAGACUCUUAAAGUGUUAAUAGCAGUUUUAUCUUGAAAGCACCUUCUUGGACUUAAGCCCGCACUUGAUGGCUUUUUUGCCCUGGAAAGGGGAGAAUGGGAGGAAGUAGUUCAACCGUAUGAUUGGUUUGAAGUGAUGGGAAACCAAGACUCUCUAUGGCCCUGCUGAUUGGCUGAGUCAGCUACGCCCUUCGACCCUGCACUAACUAUGGCACUUCAUCCAAGCAAAGUCCACAGAAGAAACUGGUUACAUGAACCGUGAACGCACGUGAGUUUGGAAUGAGGACACCUGAUGUGUUUGUGUUCUUGAAAAUCCAGUCACCUUCCUUUGCCCAGGACUCCUUUCCUGCCUGGUGGGCCACAUCCUGAAGUCCCAACAUUCUCGGGGUACGGAGGGCACCGCCCACUGAAAGCCGAAGAGGAAGAUGGGGGAGUACUGCCGUAGCGUGUGAAUAAACAGUAUUUUUUCUUUCGUA